GUGUUGUGCGUUACUCAGCCGCGAUCUGAUCCACGUUCUGGUGUUACUGCGUGGGGAAUUAAACUGUAUGAAUGAACUGUACACGUGUUUACAUACUAACGUGUUGCGUUUUAGGCUGAAACAGUGUGUUGUACUCCGCAAAGAAACAGCAGGUGGAGCGCUAGAAUAAGUAUGUGUGCAAUUGUCUGAAGGGCACAACAGAGUGUUCACCCCUGCCAUGUUGUUGUGUACAUGUCUCAGCAGGAAAUGGGUAAAAGAUGAGAAAGAAGCAGACUGCCAAACAGAGGAAGACCGAGGACACUACAGUUGUCCAGGAAUUUGUGGUAGAGAAAAUAAUUCGCCGCAGGAUCUUAAAUGGAAGAGUGGAGUACUUUCUGAAGUGGAAAGGCUUCACAGAUGCAGACAACACUUGGGAGCCUCAGGAUAACCUGGACUGUCCUGAACUCAUUGAAGAGUUCCUGAGACAAAACAUCCACCUCUUAGACCAGACUGAGGAAGUGCAAGACGAGCAGCAGGAGUUAAUUCCCAAAGAAGAAAUGACAGAGCAGGAGACGGAAAUUUCCUGUAUGCAGUCUCUGCAGUCUCAGCAGCAGCCUCUCGCUGUGCAGAGUGACAGCAGCGUCCUGCACCCAAAUGAUGAGCAGUCAGACACCAGCACUAACCUCAGCACUUACCUCGAGCCUGAAUGCAUCAUUGGCUCCACAGACAGACAAGGAGAGCUCAUGUUCUUAGUCAAAUGGAAAAACUCAGACGAUGUUGCCCUGCUGCCUGCCCGUGAAGCCAGCACCAGGUGUCCCCAGGUGGUCAUUGACUUCUACGAACAGAAACUGACCUGGCACUGCGGGGACGACGAGCAGUGAAGUGUGUGUUUGUGGGUCGUGCAUGGGGGUGAACCGAUAAACAGCUGCACUCUCACCUGAAGCUUAGUUUACCCUCCAUCGCCUGUCCUCCUUCAGCUGACAUUAGAGGCACACUGUGUGAAAUUACGUCCCGCUGGAGGUGGGAGUUACAGAUUCUGGCAGGUGCGAGAACCUCAGUGGGGACGGAUAUUAAGUGCUCUCAAUCCUGUGGUGCUCAAUGAGGUCACUGUGCCUUUGUGGGGACCGUGAUGGAGACUCAAACUAACCUUUGUGUGGAGCAGUUGAUUUGGAGUCAGACUAACCUGUAGCAGCUUUGGUCUUGUGUCAUCGUGUAGGAGACACAAUCACUGUGGACAUGUGUGUGGUUUUUAAGAUUUAUUGUUAUGAAAAAAAAAAUACUUACACUUCUAUUUAGCUGCAAGGAUCUUCCACUGUGAGAGCCUUGCUUGUUUAGUGUGUGCUCCACUUUAUAGACAGAGUGAACUAACUGCUGUCAGACCUGUACCUCCAGUCCACAUAGCAUUUCAUUAGAGCUGAUUGUAUAGCUGUUCUUCAAGCAUCUGUUUCAACUUGUGUUGUGUAAAGUGUGUAAAACCACAGCUAUUACUGUGUCUCUGUGUUUCUGUAUGACCCUUACAGUUAAUAUCAUUUUGUUUUUAAUAUUGCCAAACUGAAAUGUUCCCAUAGUUCCAAUCAGCUGCUGUCUACCAAAUAUUGUCCUAAAAUGAAUGAUAGCAACAAUAUCAUCCAAUUUUAUUACAUAAUUAGUAAUUUAGUUUGUGUUUUUUCCCUGAAGUAAACUUACAUGACAUUCAAACUAAAAUUGAGCAUUCUGUUUUUUUACUAAAGUUCAUUGAGUUUUACAGAUAAACCUGUUUUGCACCUAAGACAGAUUGUAAAAUGUAGCACUUUACAUCUAAGCUUGUCCAAUAUUGCAGGGCAUUGUCUUCCAGUAAGGUAAAUGUAUCCCGAUGGCACUGUCCUGACCUCAUGUACAUCCCAUGACUGUUAUGGGAUUUUAGUUGUACAUUAAACCUGCUGAACUGCACCUGCUACUGAAUUACUGUAACCGUUGACCAUGGAUCUGUGAAGUCUGUGAAUAAAAGAAACUUUUUGUGAA